UGUACCUGUGGAAGUGUGUUCGUACAAGAACAUGAGAACACAAGUAUACAGUUUGAAAAUCAGCCAAUUUCCCGAUAUUUCGCGAAUGUAUCCGUUUAAAAAGUAUAAUUAACUAAAAACACCCAGUAGUAGGCAAAUGCGCUGAUUCAGACUUGGAUUCGCCGACGUUUUCCCUCAACAAUAAACAACGACAUGUGCACAUGGCCGCACAGGAUUUCAAAGCCAUUGCAGCCGGAUAUGCGUUCAUAUGGACAAGGGAAUUAACACAGCAGCUUAUCUUGUGGAGAGUCGCUAACAAGAACCUCUUCACUGGAAAGCGAAACGCUGCACGGAAAGGGUUUGAGGUGUUUAUUAAACAGAUGGGGUUGGAGGGGAAGGUGUCGGUGGCGUCUGUGAAGAAAAAGUGGGAGAACCUUAAACAGAAAUAUAAGGAGUUAAAAAACCAACCCAAUGGGGGGAGCACACACGGUGGGGUGACCGCUGACACGUGGACGUGGUAUAGGGCCAUGGACGAGGCAUUGGAGUUCAGCCACAGCAUCACCUGUGUGACCGUUGGCUCCUCAUCUGCUGCAGAUGACACAGUCUUCUCCGUUCCCUCUGAGGGGAAAGCUGCUACCUCCAGCUCCUGCUUGAACUCCACCGCCACCUCCAAAUCCUGCUUGAACUCCACCGCCACCUCCAACUCCUGCUUGAACUCCACCGCCGCCUCCAAAUCCUGCUUGAACUCCACCGCCACCUCCAACUCCUGCUUUAGCCCCACCACCGCUUCCGGCUCCUCCGAUCUUGUUUUCCUUCAACAGUAUGAACAAGUAAACGCACCCAUAGCUGUGCAAGACUUACAACCCAUCGCAACCGGAUAUGUGCUUAAAUGGACAGACGAAUUAAUAGAGCAGCUUAUCUUAUGGAGAGUCGCUAACAAGAACCUCUUCACUGGAAAGCGAAACGCUGCACGGAAGGGGUUUCAGGUGUUUAUCAAAGAGAUGGAGUUGGAGGGGAAGGUGACGGUAGCAUCAGUGAAGAAAAAGUGGGAAAACCUUAAACAGAAAUACAAGGAAUUAAAAAACCCAUCCAAUGGGGGGAUCACACAGGGAGGAGUGACCGCUGACACUUGGAAGUGGUAUAGGGCCAUGGACGAGGCACUGGAGUUCAGCCACAGCAUCACCUGUCUGACUGUUGGCUCCUCAUCCGCCGCAGAUGGCACAGUCUUCUCCGUUCCCUCUGAGGGGAAAGCUGCUGCCUCCAGCUCCUGCUUGAACUCCACCGCUGCCUCCAACUCCAGCUUGAGCUCCACCGCUGCCUCCAGCUCCUGUUUUAGCUCUACGACUGCUUCCAGCUCUUGCACUAGGUCCACCGCCACCUCAGUCUCCUGCUUUACCUCCACCGCCAUCUCCAGUCCCUCUUUUAGCUCCACCGCUCCUGAGCCCCCAACCACCAGCCCCGCCCCCAAGAGGGCCAAGAAGGAGCCCGAAUGGCUCCUGGCCAUCAAGGAGCUGGAGAGGAGGGAGGAGGCCCGGGAUGCCCGGCAGGCUGAGUGGGAGAGGGCGAUGAUGGAAAGAGAGAAGAGAAGGGACCGAGAGAUGAUGGAGAGAGAGGAGAGGCGAGACCAAGAGAUGAAGGAGAGAGAGGAGAGGAGGGAUCGAGAGUUGAGGGAGAGAGAGGAGCGCCUUAUUGCAGAAAAUAGGGAGCGUGAAGACAGGCAGGCUAAGGAGGCGGCUGCUAGAGAGGAGCGCUUUUUGGCUUUGAUGGACUUUUUAGUUAAGAAGUGAGCUUUCCUUUGUUCAGUCCAUUUAGUUCUACAUACAUAAUUUCAUCUUUUGUAUUUGGGCUAUAUUCUGUUGACAUUACCGUUUAUUUUAAUAAAUCACUUUUCAACGA